AUGGCGUUUAACGAUUUUGACCCUCUGGACUUUGGCUUUAACGUUGUCGACAUUUCUAAAGGUGAAAAAUAUUUUCUUCAACGGAGUGACGAGCCAACCUCUGAAGAAGGAUUCAAGGUAGUCUUCCCUAACGCAGAUGCGCAAUCCAGUAGCCUUAUCUUACACCCUCCAUCAGAGGUUUGGGGCUACGAUGAUAAACAGCUGAUACUGGGAGUUGUAUCAUCCUGCCAUAUGUCAUCGAAUGCAUGGUACGUGUGGUAUCGUGAUGGAAUUCAGAUCAAAGCAGGAAACAAACAUUGCUGUCCACCAGUUUCUUCGCCAGGUAGUUACCAUAUCGCGGUACACUGCGGAGAGGAAAAGACGACGUCGGAACCAGUCUUGGUUUGCGAUUUAAGUGAUUUGGGACCACCGAGCGUCUCUGCAUUCGACACAAGUGCCAAGGCGAACGUCCCUCAACUGCCUGUAGUGGAAAAGGGAGAAAUAAACUUUUCAGCGAAAGAUGAACUUGGCCGAGGCUCCUUUGGUGUCGUGUACAAGGGCGUGUGGGCCGGAACCGAGGUCGCAGUGAAGCUUGUCAAAAUAAGAAACGCCAAGGGCCUUCAGAGAGUCGUGGAAACGGAGGUACGAAUUCACAGCAUGAUUCGCCACCCAAACAAUGUGCAAAUUAUGGCCAUUUCAUAUCUGAAAAACUCUAUUUACCUGGUCUCGGAACUUAUAAAUGGGCGAAAUUUGGAGGAAUUACUCUUCAACGAUGACGAAAAUUCUGACAAUUUCACUCUUCAAAGCUGCAAUAAGUAUGAUGUUGGGAAGCAAGUUUCGUUAGCUGUUGCUUACUUGCAUAAUUUGAAACCUCCUCUUCUUCACUGCGACAUAAAACCUGCUAAUGUGCUGGUAGCCGAGAAAACCCACAUCACAAAGCUGUGCGACAUGGGUUUGAGCAAACUGAAGUCCGCGCAAUCCCUUACUCACACGACCAGCUCAGCAAUCAGAGGAACUCCCUCUUAUAUGGCCCCCGAAUGUCUGCUUGAGAGGAAGAAAGCCGCAGUCCAUCCAGAUGUCUGGUCGUUGGCAUGUACAUUCGUUGAGCUUUUCACCGAGAGGGAAUGUUGGGAACAAUUGUUAGAAGGUAAGGAAGAAGCUGCUGGCAGGAAAAGUGAUGAUGCAGAAAGCGACGUUGAAUCUCUCAUUGCCAUCAUGAGAAAGAAAGAAUGUCCUCGCUCAAUAGAGUUCUCGCCAGAAACAGUUGAUGCUUCCCUCCGUGGCAUUCUCGUAGACUGUUUCAAGUAUGAAACAGAAUUGAGGCCACGUGCUAUUGACCUUGUAAAUGCAUUUCCGUAA